CCACUAGCUGUGCGUGGGCCUGUCGCCUGACGUAAUUGCGUCGACGCCAUUUUAGCCGGGCCCACUCCGCACUGGGCGUGGCGGCCAUUUUGUUUGGACUCGGAGCGGGAGUUGGCGGCAGCGGCUUGCGGUGGCACAGCCGGAAGGCAGGGCAGGGCAGGCCGGGCGCGCAGGCGGACCACCGAGCAGACAGCCGGCCGACAAUAACGAACUAACCUAGCAACCUACCGCUUACGCAUCUAACCAACCGCCCACCAAGCGAACCCGAGCCCCUCCGCCGUCAACUCAGGUUCGGCCGGCCCCCGGCCCGCCUGCCGCAGCCGUGGUGGCAGCCCCGGGAGGAGCACUGGCGUCCUUUUCCUGCGAUUACCGGGAUUUGAAGAUGGCUGCACCGUCAGCGCCGAAAGUUGUGCUAAAAAGCACCACCAAGAUGUCUCUAAAUGAGCGCUUUACUAAUAUGCUGAAGAACAAACAGCCGAUGCCAGUGAAUAUUCGGGCUUCGAUGCAGCAACAGCAGCAGCUAGCCAGUGCCAGAAACAGAAGACUGGCCCAGCAGAUGGAGAAUAGACCCUCUGUCCAGGCAGCAUUAAAACUUAAGCAGAAGAGCUUAAAGCAACGCCUGGGUAAGAGUAACAUCCAGGCACGGUUAGGCCGGCCCAUAGGGGCCCUGGCCAGGGGAGCGAUCGGAGGACGAGGCCUGCCCAUAAUCCAGAGAGGCUUGCCCAGAGGAGGACUCCGUGGGGGACGUGCCACGAGAACCCUGCUGAGGGGCGGGAUGUCGCUCCGAGGUCAAAACCUGCUCCGAGGUGGACGAGCCGUAGCUCCCCGAAUGGGCUUAAGAAGAGGUGGUGUCCGAGGUCGUGGAGGUCCUGGGAGAGGGGGCCUAGGGCGUGGAGCUAUGGGUCGUGGAGGAAUCGGUGGUAGAGGUCGGGGUAUGAUAGGUCGGGGAAGAGGGGGCUUUGGAGGACGUGGACGUGGACGUGGACGAGGGAGAGGUGGCCUUGCCCGCCCUGUACUGACGAAGGAGCAGCUGGACAACCAGUUGGAUGCAUACAUGUCGAAAACGAAAGGACACCUGGAUGCCGAGUUGGACGCCUACAUGGCACAGACAGAUCCUGAAGCCAAUGAUUGAAGCCUGUCUGCCAUCCUGCGAGAGACUCUUGUUCAAGUGACCAGGCUGUACAUAACCUCCAGGUGACCCGACUGACGCUGGAAGGACCUACCACAACAGGCUGUGGACUUGCUGCCACCAGUUUGUGCGUUCAGUGUGUUCCUUUUACAUUUUGAUACUAUGUUGUAUGAAACCCUUUUUCCCCCAGACUUGGAUUGUUUUAUUGUUUGGGGGUUUUGUUUGUUUGUUUGUUUGUUUUUCCCUUCACCCACACUUCUUUUUGAAUCUGAGUAUGUCAGCCUUGUGGCUAGGACACCCUUUUCUCCGCUCUGCUUCCCCUCACCUGUCAUUGUUCUGACAUUCUAACAUUUCCGGAAAAGUCCCAGAAAGAGCCCGUCAGGGUUCCUCCCUAAUACCCCGGUUCCGUGAGCCACACUUCUGUUGUACCUACAUCGCAGACUAGGCCUCUGGGAAGUGUUCAGAAAAUGGAGUUCAGAAAUGCCUCCUGCCCUGUGCAUAUUGUAGUCAAGUAGGAACGUUGACCUGGUUCCAGGGCCAUGCGACAGGUCACGUGAAAGCAGCUGUGAUUGGACUGACAUGGCGACCGUGUCCAUUGACAGCAGUGACGUGCGCUGGGUUGGGCGUGUGCACUUUUCCUGCCCUAGAAUAAUACUGCUCGCUUGUCUCGUCUUUGCAUGGUGUCCUAGGGGGUACUGUUGGGUUGGAUGAACACCUGCGCUGGGGGAAACGUCAUCGGUGAAGGGAUGGGGGUGGGAGAACGAUGGCAGAUGCCUCCGGGCGGGCUCAGGAGAGACCCAUGCGAAUACUGUUCCCCUUCGUGCUGCUCUCAGACCAGUCUUGGGUUUCCCCGUACGUUGGCUUUGUUUGACCCUGUUUCUCUUGAAGGUUUAAGUUCAGCCAUAUUCUGUCAGCUGUUCCAAUUUCAGUGGAAUCUUGUAUUUCUGGUUUAUUAUAACAAGAAAGCGUUCUCUCAAA